AUGGAUCCUCCCGGCCUUGGCCCGGUGUCGGCGGCGCGGGCGGCGCUCUGCGCUCGCGCCCCGGGGAACGGACGGAGUCAGCUGGGCCUUGUGAGCUUUGAGGACGUGAUUCUGCACUUUUCACCAGAGGAAUGGGAGCUGCUUGAUGAAGCCCAGAAGCUCCUGUACUGUGACGUGAUGUUGGAGAAUUUUGCACUCCUAGCUUCACUGGGACUUACAGCUUUCCGAUCUCAUGUAGUUGCUCGUUUGGAAAUGGAGAACAAGCCAUGGAUCCCUGACAGAGGGGCAAUGACUUCAGCCAUGGCUAGAGGGGUUUGUGGUACUGAUUUUUGCCAGGGCACGGAGGGUAGGCAGCAUUUUUCUGGAUACAGCGUUCCUGGUGAAGGAGCCUCACAGCAGAGGAGUCCCAAGAUGGCUCUGUGUAUCCGAAAGGCCUACCUGUGUGGCCUGACCCUGAAAGACACUUUCCACCUGGGCCAUUACCAGGCCACACUUCCCAAUCAGAAGCCGAUGAAGGUUGGGGUGAAUAACACAGGAUUGGAGCUCCAUGCAUGCCCUCCCCUAGGGCAGGGUGCCCAGCCGAAUCCAGCCACAUGUGUGAGAGGGGAGGAGAGCAGGGCCUUCCUCAUGAAGCCAGACACAGGUUCCCCAUCAGAAAAGCCAUUCGCAUGCAGGAAGAUCAGAGGGGACUUCAUGGCGGAUUUCAUGGCUACCACAGGUUUUCUGGCACCUCAGAUCACUCCCUGGGCCAAGGAGGGCCUAGCACGAGCUCCCGCCAUACAGAUGCAUGACCAGAUCAGUGAGUUUGGGGACACUCUCAGUGACAAAUCUACCCCCAUUCAGGACAUGAGAGUCCACACCCAAGAAAGGCCAUGGGAGUGGAUCAAGUCUGGACUAUUCUUGCCCCCUGCCACCAGCAGUCUCCCACCCCAGAACAUUGACGGUAGAGCGCCCCCUUCCGAUGGCCGCCAGUACGGAAGCUCCUUCUCCCAGCCCUCCAGCCUCAUUCAUCUGGACAUGGUUUCCAGCAGUGAAAACACUAGUGAAUGGAGCACCUAUGGGAAAUCUUUCAGCUGGAACUCCAGCCUCACGAACCCUCAGAAAGUCCACAGCAGAGAAGCCCCUUCUGAGUGCCCCGAUCGCGGGGAGUUCUUUAGCCAUCUUGAUCUCAUUCCCCACCAGCAAGUUCCUAGCAGUGAGCAGCCGCCGCUGCCUUUUGCAUGCGGGGAAUGCGGGAUGUUCUUCAGCCAGCGAGGUGCCCUCAGGAAACACCAGAAAAUCCACACGGGGACCCGGACUUUCGGGUGCAGUGAGUGUGGCAAGGUGUUCACGCGGAGCUCGGAUCUCAUGAAACACCACCGUGUGCACACCGGAGAGCGGCCCUACGAGUGCAGCGAGUGUGGGAAAUUCUUCAGCCAGACUUCCAGCCUCAACAGCCACCGGCGGCUUCACACCGGAGAAAAGCCCUUUCAGUGCAACGAGUGCGGCAAGUUCUUCAACCAGAGCUCCAGCCUGCACAAUCACCGGAGGCUGCACAGCGAGGAGCGGCCGUACCGGUGCGGGGAGUGCGGGAAGACCUUCAGGCAGAUGUCCAACCUCCGGCAACACCAGAAAAUCCACAAGCCCGACAAGCCUUACCAUUGCAAGGAGUGCGGCAAGGCCUUCAGCCAGCUGCCUACUAUGAUUCGGCACCAGAAAAUCCACACCAGAGAAAGAUUGAUUGCAGAGAAGGUUUUCCCUCUUUCAAGCACAUUAUUGGGCUAA